AUGCAAGCACCUCAACGACCUGUUCAAAGACGAUCUCCGGCAUCAGAUUCACCUGGACCACCACCUACAAUAUCUGCUAGGUCCAUAUCUCCAAGUUUGGGUCCUCAGCCGAGGAAUUCAACUGCUUCAACCAGAUCUGUUCAAAGCAAUCAUUCGGGAAGAAGACAAAACGGUGGCCAACCUCCGACAAGCAGUGGUAGUCAAAGUGGUCAACAUGCCCCACCAUUAUCUCAGAUCGAAAGGAGUGUAACACAUCUUCUGGUCGCCACAAAGCAACUCCUCGAAACCCUUACACAAUGGUCUCGACAUCAAGCGACCGAUGCACAAGUUUCAGAUGUUUAUGUGCGCUUGGGAUAUGAGUUCAACAUUGCUUGUAGGGCGUUUACUGCAAUCAAUGUUGAUACUUCGGAUUUAGGAAAUGUACCGGAGUUACUUCGACAUAUACUGGAAUCCACACUCAGCCAAGAGGCAAGCGUCGAGAGCUUGGAAAGAUACUUGCCUCGAAUCAGAGAUAUAAUCAUCACUCUUCUUCACGGUUUAAAGCGAAAGCAACAGAAACUGCGGCAGAAACAAGGGAGAGAUAGCGGAGCACAAAAUGGAGAUGCCAUACCUAGGAAUGGAAGCUUCAGUAGCAUUGCCAGUAACAGCACCGGAUUAACCACACUGCUCAAUCAAGGGUUGGAAGAUAAUUUUCAAGGAGACUCAGGUUCGACAAAUGACCGAGGAAGCAAAGGGCAGUCCACCACUGACUCGGCCAUCCCUCCACGAAUGUCAUCAGCCUCAGGAUCAUCAAACAGAAGAGCUGCUCCUCCACCGAGAGAUUCAUCUCGAGGCUCAGUAUCUUCAGACCAAUCUACACUGUCAAGCACGACAAUGCAAAGCAUUCCUGUUGUCCCACCUUAUCCUGGAGAUGAAGUCACUGUGCCAAUGCCACGUCCAAAUGAUACUGAUCAUUUGACUGUUGACAAUUUUCCACCACCACCUCCGCCACCGAAGACAAAUGCUGCAUUGGUAGCUCUACAAAGAGGUGGGGACUUGGAAAGAAGAGCCUCGAGGCGUUAUUCCGCUUACCAAAUCUCAAAACUUGUUGGUGCAUCUCCAAAUGGGGUUCCAAUGCUUCCCGUUCCACAGAAUUCGCCAAUACCAAACAGAGGGCGCAAUGAUGCUCGAGAAUCUUUGAGAGCUGUUCAAAAUCGUGAUCACCGUCUUGGUCGAACAAAUUCCCGUUUAAUUCAAAAUGAUGCAUCUCCAGUUCGAAAGCCAAGUGUGAUCGCAGAGGAAAGCCAAGAGACCUCAUUUCAGCAGCCAGACGAACCACCCUCAAGUGACAGCCCAACACCCAAAACUUCAGAAGAGAAGUCAAGACAACCUUUUAUAGAUUAUGAUGGACCAAGUUCAAGUCUCAAUGGGCCAACUUCUGAUGUGCUUCCAAACUUUGAUGAUCAAGAUCAAGAUCAAAAUAAGGCUGCAACUGAACCUCCUCAAGCUCCCGUACACAGGAGAUCUGCUAGCAAAAGAGAAAGUCCCAGUUACGGUAGUCAAGCAAGACAAUUCACACCUGAAGGAUCACCACCUCCACCGGACAAGGAAAUUACAAUUUUCCUACAAUACAAAACCAAGGUCAAGAAGUUUGUCCUUGCUGAUGGGUACAAGGAUUUAUCCAUGGCAAGAUUGCAAUUGGCUUUCAUUGAAAAGUUCGCCUGGAACACUCAUAAUAAUGGGGUUGAUCUACCUGAGAUAUAUAUACAGGAUCCAGUAUCUGGUGUUCGUCAUGAACUGGAAGAUCUUCAUGAUAUCAAAGAUCGUUCUGUACUCGUAUUAAAUGUGGAGGUACUAGAUGAAGUCAAGCGACACAUUGAUGAUAGUUUAGGAGGAUUGAAGAAAAUGGUCGAGAGUGUCAAAACAGCAGUUGAUGAUCAGCAAGUUACCAUUCAGAGAGUCUCGGAUCGUCAACAAGAUGCUGCAAAAGAAAUGGCUCGAAUUGCUUCUGCACCACCUGUCUCUUCAAGAGUUUCAAUGAUUGAUACUGGACGACUCACCAAUGGCAAUAGCUUUAGCCCCUCGAAAGUCAAUGGCCAAGCGCAACUUACUGAAAUUCAGAGCCUUCGUCGUGAUCUUGCGGUACUCCGACAAACAUAUUCUAGCUUUCAAUCUGACAUUCAAAGUUCCAUGGCUUUGAUUCGCUCAAAGGCUAGCUCUGUCAAGAGUGUUGCUGUUAAAGCUGCUAUUCCAGAUAUCAAUGGCGAUUCCGGACGUUCUUAUGUCAAUGGUGGAAAGAAGAACCUCAGCGAAGAUUCCGAUAAAUUGGUUGCGCAAGUUGAUGAUCUUCAAGAUAUUGUUGAAGAUCUAAGAAAGGAUGUUGUACAACGUGGUGUACGACCUCUUCCUAAGCAAUUGGAGACUGUGGCCAAGGAUAUCUCACAGGCUACGAUGGAACUCAAGAGGAUGCAAGAUUUCUUGAAACGAGAGAGGCCAAUUUGGACAAAGAUUUGGGAGAAGGAAUUAGAGACAGUCUGUAAUGAUCGUGAAGAGAUUACUAUGCAAGAAGAUCUUGCAGCAGAUCUUCAAGAUGAUUUGGAGAAGGCAGCACAAACCUUUGCACUUGUGGAACAAGCUACUAAAGAACAAUUGAAGGAUGGAUCUCCAAGUCAAGUUGGUACUGGUCGAAGUCUUUCUAAGCUUAACCGUAUUGAUCCAAUCGAUCCUGCUAUGGCAAAAGAAGGUGUUCUAGACGAAGUUCGUGCCUUACAACCAAAUCACGAGAAUCGCCUUGAAGCUAUCGAACGUGCAGAAAAGCUUCGUCAAAAGGAACUUGAAGGUCGUAGAGGCAACGUGCUUCAAAAGGAGCUGACCCAAUUCGUUGAAGAAGGAAAAUUGAAGAAAUCUGGAGGCUUUGAGGAAGUUGAAAGACAAAGAAUUGCAAAAGAUGCGCGGAUUAGAAGAGAGGUUUGGGAGCGUCAGAAUGGGAUGACGCAAGCCGAUGCAGAUCUUGAGGGUGUUGAUGAUCCUGCGGUUGAAGAAGUGGCAGAAGCAGAUGAAAUGAUCGAGGAGGUCUCAGAAGCUGAUCCUGCUAUGGAGCUAUGA